AAGAGCAAGAACUGAACUCACAAACGAGUACAUUAAAAACAUUAGGAUUUAUUUGAUAAUUUUGAAAAUAGGUGCAUUCAACAGAUUUGAUGUUAAAGACGGUCAGAUUGUCAGCAUUUCAAGAUUCUCGCAAUUCUGGUCAUUGUUAGCAAUGAUAACGGUAUCUCUCGCUGCAUACACACUCAUUCUCCAAACAUCAAUUAAAAACAAUUAUUUAAUCUUGCCAGAAUUUAUAACAGUCAUUGAACUCGCGGUAUUGAAUAAUGUAGUACUGCUGAAUAUACAUAUAUUCAACAGACAUUCCGGAGCAAAAUUAUUCAAACAAUUAAUAGAGAUAGAUUUAUUCUUAGGCGUAACCCAAACAAAAGUCAUGAGGGAUAUUGUAGCUAAAGACAUGCUAAUUUGGUCCAGCAGUAUAGCAUCAUUCGAGUUAGUGAUAAUGGCAGUCCUGAUCAUUGCAUUUUAUAAUAAAAUACCGGCGUACAUUUACUUCGUCGGAAUAGUUUACUUCCAACUACUGUUCACUUUGUGUUACGAUCAUAUAGUUCACGUGUGUUUAUAUAAAUUUCUAUGUCUGAGAGUACACCACUUGAACGUCGGAUUAGUGAAAAAAGCUAACUUGUAUACAGAGUAUUUAAUAGAGCAACUGAUAUCGUAUCCGUUUCAUUGGAAGAAAGAAUACGAUAAUAAUGUAGAUUUAUCGAGGAAAGAUACGAAAUAUUUUACUGAAAGUCUCAGGAUGGUCGAUGCUGAGGUGCGCCGCGUGCAGCACAGCUACAGGUUUACGGAUAUACCCGUGAUACGAACGUUUUCCCUGGCGGGCUGGUUCUUUGCCAACUGGUCCAUAUUCAUCGGAAUAACUCAGCAGACAGAUAAAUUGAACGUGCAAAUUCAGCGUACCAAACUUAUAUGCACUUAUAUUCAACUCAAACCUAACAAUUCUGAUGAACUUUUCUCCCUCUCUCGAAGCAUCCUGGAUACACUGGAGAUAAGCGACUGCAGGAUCUCCAUCUAUAACCUGUUUUACUUCAACCAGAGCCUUUUGCGCUCGAUCGCUACAUCAGUGUUCGUCUACAUAACGAUGCAACUGCAGCUUGCUUUCCCGAAACGCAAUAGUCCUAAUAAAAGAGACAUAUAG